AUGCAGGUAAGCAGUGUCGUGCAGGUCUAUCCUGUCGUUUCCAACAUAUGUGUUACAACUGUGGCAGCAACCACCCAUUUAAUCACUGUAACAAACAAACACAGCAGCCCUUUCGUUUCCUUAGAAAAUUCUACACCCAAACAAAUAAAAAUAACAAAGAAUUUACCAACCCUUCCAAACAAAGGAAUGACACCAGUAAAAGUAAGUAAAUUGGCAAAAUGGUUAGAUGGAUAUGAUGAAGAUGAAUCCAAAUAUCUAAUAAAUGGUUUCUCUAAUGGGUUUUCGUUGGGUUUUGUGGGUGAAUGCCCUGGUAUUGAAUCAAAGAAUUUAAAUUCUGCUUUCCAAAACCCACAGGUUAUAUCUAGUAAGAUACAAAAGGAAAUUUUGGCUGGGAGGGUUUAUGGACCUUUUGAAAUAAAACCAAGACCUGAUUUACAAUGCUCUCCAUUAGGCUUAGUUGAAAAGAAAGAACCUGGGGAAUACAGAAUGAUUCAUCAUCUAUCAUAUCCAGAAAACAAGUCCAUCAAUGAUGGGAUUCCACCGGAUGAGUCAUUUGUUCAAUACUCAUCGGUUUCAGAUGCUAUUCAAUUAAUAAAAAAUUGUGGAAAAGGUGCAUACUGCUGCAAGACAGAUAUAAAAUCGGCUUUUAGAAUUAUCAACAUGCAUCAAUCACAAUUUAAGUAUUUAGGUUUCAAGUGGAAUAACAAAUAUUAUGUGGACUCCUGCUUGCAAUUUGGUCUUAGUUCUUCUUGUAGAAUUUUUGAAAGAUUUUCAACAGCAUUACAAUGGAUAGCUCAGAAUAAACUGAAAAUAUCUUGCAUAUCCCAUGUUUUAGACGAUUUUAUAAUCAUUAAUAAAUCACCUACUGAAUGUGUUAAACAGUUGAAGGCAUUCCUCGAUAUGUUGAUGGAUAUAGGGGUCCCAAUAUCACUUGAAAAAACAUGUGGACCCAGCCAGAUCAUAACUUACUUGGGAUAUGAAUUGGAUUCAGUUAAAAUGGAAUCUAGGCUUCCAGAUGAUAAGAUCCUUAAGUGUGUUACGAAAAUUGAAUCAAGUUUACAACAACAAAAAUUGACACUCAAGGAAUUGCAGUCACUGAUAGGUUUAUUGAAUUUUGCAUGUAAUGUAGUAUUGCCCGGUAGGUCUUUUCUUAGGAGACUGAUAGACUUGACUAUUGGAAUUAAAAAACAAUACUAUAAAAUUAGAAUGACAGAGGAAGUAAAAGAAGAUCUAAAUGUUUGGCUGAGUUUUCUUUCAAAUUACAAUGGAUCUACCAUGUUUUUGCCUGAUAGGUGGUUAAAUUCUACUGAAAUAAAGUUGUAUACUGAUGCAUCAGGGUCUAUUGGAUAUUCUGCAGUGCUUGGUAGUCAGUGGUUUCAAGGAAUUGGGAUAUUAAUUGGAGAUACCAGAAUAUUGCUAUUUUGGAAUUUUAUCCUAUAG